CAGGGGGCUAAGCGCCAUUAGGCCGGUUGGGAUGAUAGUCCCCGGGAAAUCCUACGCACGCUUAGACUCUUGGGAGCUGUAGUACGAAUCCAGUCAGGGUUGGAACCAUGGCGGUGGCCAAGGACCUCUUACAGAUGGACCUGUACGCGCUGCUAGGUAUCGAGGAGAAAGCGGCGGACAAAGAGGUGAAGAAGGCAUAUAGGCAGAAGGCCCUCUCCUGCCACCCAGACAAAAAUCCGGAUAAUCCCAGAGCAGCUGAGCUUUUCCACCAGCUUUCUCAGGCCUUGGAGGUGCUGACCGAUGCUGCAGCCAGGGCUGCAUAUGACAAGGUCAGGAAAGCCAAGAAGCAGGCAGCAGAGAGGACCCAGAAACUUGAUGAGAGAAGGAAGAAAGUGAAGCUUGACCUGGAGGCCCGAGAGCGGCAGGCCCAGGCCCACGGUAGUGAGGAGGAGGAGGAGAGCCGGAGCACCAGGACGCUGGAGCAGGAGAUCGAACGCCUUCGAGAAGAGGGUUCCCGGCAGCUGGAGGAACAGCAGAGGCUGAUCCAGGAGCAGAUACGCCAGGAACGGGAGCAGAGGUUGAGAGGAAAGGCAGAAAAUCCUGAAGGCAGAGGAACCCCCAAGCUAAAGCUAAAAUGGAAGUGCAAGAAGGAAGAUGAGUCAAAAGGCGGCUACUCCAGAGAUAUUCUCCUACAGCUUUUCCAGAAGUAUGGAGAGGUGCUCAACCUGGUGCUUUCCAGUAAGAAGGCUGGCACUGCUGUGGUGGAGUUUGCAACUGUCAAGGCUGCGGAGCUGGCUGUCCAAAAUGAAGUGGGCCUGGUCGAUAACCCUCUGAAGAUUUCCUGGUUGGAGGGACGGCCCCCGGCUGUGGGGGACCCCAGCCACCCAGGACUGUCACAGGGCUCAGUGCUGUCCGAGAGGGACUAUGAGAGCCUCGUGAUGAUGCGCAUGCGCCAGGCGGCUGAGCGGCAGCAGCUGAUCGCCCAGAUGCAGCAGGAGGAUGCGGUGGGGCAGCCCACGUAGCCGCCCCCAGCCCACUGACCCACUGCCCUCUUCUUGAAUGUCACCAAUAAACCUUUUUUUUUUUUUUUUUUUUUU